AUGGCGCCCCCAGGCCUGCAAGCGGCCCUCCUCGCGCUCGGGGCCCCCGUGGCCGGAGCGCUGUCCCUGGAAGUCCGCGGGGACUGCGGCAGCCCCUCGAUGGACUUUGCCGCUUACGUCGAGACGUACGGCCGCUCCUACCAGGUCGGCACAGAAGAGUACAUGAUGCGCCAGGUGGUCUUCGAGACGCGGGCCGCGCGGAUCGCGAGCCACAACUGCGACCCUGCGGUUCUGCACCGGGCCGAGAUCAACCACCUCACCGACUGGACCCCGCAGGAGCUCGCGACGCUCCGGGGCCACAAGAUGACCCGCCGCGGCGGCGGCGGGGCGGCCCUCGGCUCGACGCCCUUCCUGCUGGCGAAGAGGGGCAAGGGCGCCGUCCACAAGACCAUGCCCGAGGACUUCGGCUGGGGACACCUGGAGGCCAUCAAGGCAAACAGCAGUGACCAGGGUACCUGCGGAAGCUGCUGGGCGCACGCCUCCCGGCUGAGCAUGCAGGCCCGCGCAGAGAUUAAGGGGCUGAAGAAAAUCCAGUGGGCGACCAACCAGCUGAUCGCGUGCACCCCGAAUCCGAAGCAUUGCGGCGGCGAGGGCGGCUGCGAUGGAGCCACCGCCGAGCUUGCGUUCGAGUACGUCAUUAACAAGGGCCUGAUGCAGGCUGGCGAGUGGCGCAAGAGCGCGGGGGAGAACCAGACGGCGAAGUGCCCGAAGGGCAUGAAGGCGUCCACCGAGGUGGCCACCAGGGGCAUCCUUGGCGCCGACGGCAGCGAGACGCACCGCGUCAAGGAGAAAACGGCAGGCCACGCCCUCGGCAUGAGGGGGUGGAUGAAGCUGCCCGAGAACAAGGAGGAGAUGAUCGUGAAGGAGCUGUACAACAACGGUCCGGUGUACGUGGCGGUGGCCGCUGGCGACGGCUGGUUCGACUACAAGUCGGGCGUCAUGACGGAGGAUUCGUGCGACAGGGAUUUCGUCGUGAAUCACGCGGUGGUCCUCUUCGCCUGGGGUGUCAAGCGGAAGACCGUUCGCGGGCCGGUCAAGUAUUGGCAGAUCAAGAACAGUUGGGGCCCGCAAUGGGGCGAGCAGGGCACGGGCCGCUUCAUCCGCUCGGACAACGAGGAGAGCGUGUGCGGCUACGACGAGGACCCCCAGCAGGGCUCGGGCUGCGACAACGGCCCGGACAGGGUGUGGGUCUGCGGCACCUGCGGCAUCCUCUACGACGUCGUGGUGCCGCACUUCUGA